AUGAAACGUAACUCUUCGCAUUUUCAUAAAUUGCGUGUUACGGGUCAACUGUACAAAAUGUCGGCUCGAAGGAAAGCAUUGGAAAAGUCUAUGGAACAACAAUCCGAGAAUGCUGAUCCUGAAUCUACGGUUGAUUGUUUACCAAAAACAACCAUACACUUAGAAGACACAGAAAACAUCCAAACAAUCGAUGAUGUACUGAUUAUUGAAACAUCGGAUGGUUGUACCGGCAAUACGUAUGAAGCAUCGUGUCUCGACGAAGAUAAUGAUUGGAUGAGUCAAGAUGAUUAUGAUGAAAAUGAUGAUCAUGACGAUGAGGAUGGUGAAGAGAUAAUAUCUUCCGGCGGAGUGUCUCAGUUUCAGAACAUGGAAUUAAAAGAAGCUUUGCAAUAUUGGGCGCUCACCAACUACCAAUCGCGAUCAUCGGUAAACAUGAUGCCCGAACAGCAGACUUCACGAACACCUUUGAACAUCAGUGCAAUUGAAGGUGGCAGAUAUUUGUACAAUGGAGUAAACCAUUGCUUGAUAAAUCGCCUUGAGCAUGUGAAUGUUCCAGAAAACAUUAGUAUUAAUGUAUCUAUCGAUGGAUUGCCGUUGUUCAAAGGAUCUCCUUCUUUAUUUUUGCCAAUAUUAAUCAACGUUCUUGAGAUACCGUUUCUUUCGCCUAUGAUAGUGGCAAUGUUCCACGGCAUUACGAAACCUCCACAGCUACAGGAGUUUCUUGCACCGUUUGUUAAGGAGAUGAAUGAUGUUAUCGAAAACGGUAUCCAAAUCAACAACCAAAUAGUUCAUGUGGCUUUGCGCGCAUUUAUAUGCGAUGCUCCGGCGUCAUGGACAGAAUACAGCAGUUUCCUUCAUUAUGCUAGCCUUGUAGUUCUUAAGGAUAACUUGAGCAAGAAAACUUUCGAUCAUUUUUUGUUACUAUUCUGUGCAGUAACAAUAUUAUCGUCUAGAGCAUAUGAAGAAUAUUGGGCAUACGCUGGUCAAUUAUUAUACAAGUUUGUUACUCAGUUCGAUUCGGUCCGGAGGCGCAAUGCGAAGGACUUAGUUACUGUACCCCAAACGACGAUGGAUCGAAUUCACAACGGUAAAACAGCGUAUGAGGCCUGA